AUGCCCUUACCGGGAUUCGAACCCAGGACCAUCGAAUUCAUAGGCAGGGUCACAACCCACUAGGCCAGACCGGUCGUCAAAAUCCAAUUAAUUAACAUGAUUCACAUAGAUAUAAUUUUUUAACUUAAUUUAGACUUAUAAACGAAUCGAAUACUAUGGAUGUGUGUCCAUUGGUUUCCAUAUGGAUAGAUGUUAUUUCAGUAAUUAGAAAAAGGGCAAGUAAGAUGAGGAUGGUAAUGACAUGAUGUCUAAAUCACGCUGAUAGCCGAGUAACGACUGUGACAUAGCAGUAACGCGCGAUCUGUCUCAUGGUUUCAUUCGACUUUGCAGGUUUAAAGGGUUAAAGGAUGGAGGUUUAUUCAUGUGAAAUUGCCAUUGGUUUAUUUUAAAUAUAAUAGGCAGGUACGGUACAUGUCAUUACCAGUUUUAAUCACUUAUUUAAAUUAAGCACUUACUUAAUUUCCUCAAAACACCUACCUACAUUUUUAAUCCAUUUAGUAAAUUCAUCUCCUGAAUAAAAAUAUUUCUAUCUCUACCGCGUAUCUAUCGUUUAUUCUCCGUGGUAAACUAAAUUCAGAUCAGUUACAGGAAUCGUGUCAAGCCGUUUGGAAAUAAUAUAUCGCUUUGAUUUGACAUAUUUACCUGACAGGAGAUGACGUUGGUAUGUAGGUGAGAAGGAUGCUGCGAAGUGAAGAGCGGUAUCGGUGAGUGCGGGCGGGGUUGUUCGGGCGGCGCGGGGCGGCCGGCGCGGGCGAAGCGCGCAGGGCGGCGCGGUAGCGAGGCAGGGCGCGAGGCGGUCGGCGGGUGGCACGUAACAAGUGAAGCGGGCCCGGGAGCAACAGUCUGCCGGAGCCCGGCCACGCGGCCUGACACACCACAACAAGUGUCGAGCCCCGGCUUCGGUCGCUCGCGUAAGUAACGGACCUAAUUGCUCCUUCGCACACCUGGGGCGCGCGGAACCCGUCGACUCGCGCGACACCACCGCUGCACCGCUCGGCGCGCCGUCGCCGCCGCUCCGCUCUAUAGUUGCCACAUUCUCCAGCUGACUUUGAUAACUUUCAGACAACAUAUCAUCGAGCUCGAUAGUGCCAAACUGUGAAGUGCGUGAUAUUAACAUAAAGUUCUAUGGUAUAUUGUUAAAUAGUUAUAGCUGCCUACGGUUUAUAAGAUGUCGUGUUUUGGAGGUAGCGUGCUAAUUCCCGACUGAGGGCGGUACAGUGUGUAGUUCAGUGUAGUGCAGUGAUGUAAGUUUUAAGCGAACAGUGCAGAGAGGAAGCCACCAUGCUGCCUACAAAUGUUAUGUCCUUUAUGAAAAAGAUGGUGGCGACGGAGGACACGGCAAACACGGUGCCGGGACAGAUCGAGGCGCCCGGCACCUUCGGCAAGCUGCGGCAGACACUUUCCUCCAGCCUGCUUACGGCGCAGGACAAAGUUACAACAAAACUGGGCCCGCGGCAGGCCGAACCCGUAGCAGAACCGGCGCCCGCGCCGCCACCCGCGCAACCACCGCCUGCGCCCGCGGUUAAAACUGAACGGGAAGCGGGUAAGGCGCCGUCGCGGGCGGGCGCGUGCCGCGUGUGCCUAAAGGCGCUAAAGCCUGGCGAAGUGUUCCACACGUGCAACGGAUGUCAGCACCGCGUGUGUGAGGACUGCUCUUCGUACUCCAAGCCGGCGGAGAACGAGGAGGCGAACUCAUGGCGAUGCUCUGUAUGCCGGCGUAAAGCUGCCCCGCGACUACCACCCGCAGCGCAAGACAGUACGGAUUCACUUCUUGAUGUGCCUGUGCUGGAUUCCCUACAACGGCGUCAUUCGGAAGCUCGGUUAGGCGGUGGCACCUCCAGUACCGGCCUCGCACCGCCACGCUCGCCCGAACUACGCCGACACUCUGAUGUCUCACCCGCCUCCCUAAAAGAACUAGAAAAGUUAAAGGGCGGCGGCACGGCGACGCCAGCGAACGAGUCGCGGCGGCCCAGCACGGUGACUCCGGCGCGGCGGCGCUCGGUGCGCGUGCCCGCCGCACGCCAGCGCAGCGUCGACGAUGACAAGCAGGACUCGCCUGCGCACGCACCUGCGCUCGUCGCGCCGCCACCGAUGUCUAGGAGAGCUUCAGCAGUGGAUGUGGUCGGCGGUGCGGGAGCAGGAUCGCGUCGCGGCUCCUACCGUACAGAAGACACAUCUGAAUCGACGCCUUCGAUAGCCGGACUCGCCGUUGAUGAAGACCGGCCCAUCAGGCGCCGCGGUAGCCAGCUCCCAGACAUAGCCGCACUUCAACAAAGGACGGGGGCGCUCAGUGCAAUGUCUGCCCUAGCUCGCACUGGGGACCCCUGCGAAGCCCCGGGCCCCUCGGCUGCAGCCCUAGCCGCCGCCGCUGCAGCCGCGCGGCAAAUGUCGGUUGACGCGGAGGCGAUCAAGAUCGUCAUACACGACGUCGAUGACCGCUCGCCACGACGAGUCUCGCUGCGUCGCGAUCCUAAUGACAAAAGAUCACGUGGUUUUGGCAUGCGCGUCGUGGGUGGCAAGCCGGACGCCAGUGGUCGCCGGGAGGCCGUCAUAGUGUGGACUGUGCCGGGCGGACCCGCCGACGUAGCCGGCUUACAACAGGGUGACAAGGUCUUGGAAUGGGGUGGAGUGCCGUUGACGGAGCGCAGUUUCGAAGAAGUGUGCUCUGUCCUGGAGCGCGGCGGAGACAACGUAGAGCUCCUGGUGGAGCCCGCGCCGCCUCAGGACGACGCGGCCACGCCUGCCACGCACUCCAGCCAACACCAUCAUGCUCUAUAUGAACCGGAUACCGACAAAUCACCAUCGUCGCCGACCCGAAGGAAAUUGCCGAAAACCCCGGAGCAGGAGAGGGCCGAGAGAGCCCGCGAGCGGCCCGCGGCGCGCGCGCAGCUGCAAGUGUGGUUCGAGAGCGAGAUGCGCAAGCUGGUGGUGGUGCUCAUCGCGGCCGACGACCUGCCGCCUCGCGACCACACGCUCGGAUACGGAGACGAGCCUGAAGCAUUCGCCAGAAUAAGGCUUUUGCCAUCACUCGAGAGCUGCCCACCGGUUGAAACAGACCCCGCAUCCGCAUCAUGUAGUCCAGUCUGGAACGCCACCCUGGGUUUCGGCGGUUUGACUGCUGAUCUCCUGGCAGGUCGAGCUCUGGAGCUCACCCUGUGGGAUGCCUGCCCUGGAAUUGAUCCAGUACUUAUUGGAGAAUGCACUAUGGAUUUGGAAAAAGCGUUUGCGGAAGAACGUGCAGUAUGGUGGACGCUGGAGGAGCGCGGCGGGACGCGGUCGGCCAACGCCUCCCCGCGGGGCUCUCUCACAGGUGCGCGAGCGCUCCGACGCGGUGACUUUGCCUCGCAACGCUCUUGUUCAGAUGAUGUGGAUUCCAUCGGAGAGUGCGCGUCUUUGCUCCAUCCCGACCACGCGUGGGUGGGUGGCUCCAGACGUGGCUCAUCACAGUCAGAAACCUUAGAAGUUGAGGUUUACCAGCUUGGAAAGGACUUCUCACGCUCUUUACCUGGAUCUCGACGGUCAUCAUUCCAACAGCAGGAGAAAGACGGUGCUGCGGGCACGGAUAGCGGCGCCGGGCCGUCGCGGCGCAGCGAGCGGCGGCGCUCGUCGUGCAUCCGCCGCGACCCCGACGACAUCCUGCGCUCGCUGCGUGCCGUCAAGGGGGAACUCGGCCGCACGCUUUCCCUCUCCGGGUCCACCGCCCGGCGCACGGCGACGGGGCGCAAGGGCAGCAUGUGGGCAGCGGUGCCGGCGGCCUGCGAGGCGCUGGGCGACGACGAGGACUCGGUGCCGCUCGGCCCGGGCCAGAUGCCGCCUCGGAACGCCUCGCUGCCGCCGCUGCACGCGGAGAUCAACAUCAGCAUGAUCAUGAUUAAAGGACAGCUUGAGCUUGAGAUCUCGCACGCACGGCGAGUGUAUGGCGUGAACGGCGAGGUGCCAGACUCAUACGUCAAAUGCUACCUCCGCGAUGGCGACAAGUGGCUUCACAAACGCAAAACACGAGUAGUUCGGCGCACCACCGAGCCGCACUUCAAACAGACGCUUAAAUAUCAGGCAAGUUAGGCUCUGGGGCGCACAUUGGUGGUGAUGCUCUGGCAGCGAUGCGGCGGAUUCGAGCACAACCUAGCCCUCGGUGGAGCGGAGAUCACGCUCGACAAGCUCACGCUGCCGCAGCGCACGUACGGCUGGUACCCGCUGUUCCCCGCCACGUCGCUCGCGGCCGACGAGUCGCCCGACUGAUCCCGGGAGCCGUCGCCGGAGCGCCGCGACGACGGGCGCCUCCCCGGCGACGGCUCACAAUAACUCGUGCUCGGCCUCCUUGCCGCGUGACGGCGACCGGUGACAUGCUUGGAACCAUAUCAACUGAGAUACAAAGGAUCAUGUAAAUACCGCGUCAUAACAAAAUGCCAUAAUCAUGAUUUUUAUUCUAUAAUCAUAAAUUCAACAGCCACGAAUAAAAGCUGAUGCACUCUCAAUGUAAUGUCCCAAGCAACGCUGAUUGUAGUCCUUGUCUCCAUGUACGAGUAACUAUAACAUCGUGAGGUAAUUGUGUAACGCCCAAAUUUCCACAAGUGCUGCCCUAAACAGACUUUAAUAUGUGUUAGUUAUUAGUAAUACGCAAUGUAAAUAAUUUAAAUUGGUGUAAUAUUGUCUCAAUCAUGCUGCCUAUGGCGAGAAACAUAUAAAACUAUGCGCGAAUUUCUUCGUGUAUUACUUAUUGGAUUGUGUAAAACAUGAAAGCAAAAUGUAUCACUUCCAUGUUUUCAACGAUUUAUUUAUCGGCUCACUUAUAGAUACUUGGAUUAACAUUCCGAUGGUAUUCGCCCGAUGAUUUUACAAACGGGAUAUCAAUUUUCUGCGACUGUCUGACUGAUGUGAACAGAGCUCACUCAUACAGCGACGUUGCCGUGGAAUUAGUAGUAAUAACAAAAGGAGCUUAUAUUGGAUUGCUUCUACUCUUAAAUUAUGCGUAAUAUUUGUAGCAAUUUUAUAUGUUACGUGUUUGUAUUGACAUUAUAGUCUUAUAUCGUAAACUUAUAGACAUUGCGUAAGUAGUUGAAUGUUAUACUGUUUACCAACCAACACUAUAUUAUGUAGUAUGGACCCUGGAAGCCAUUGUAACUGUAGGAAUGUUACAGUCAUAAGUAUACUCUAUUUUUAUUAGUACCUACAUAUCUACAAAUAUUUUCACUUUUCAAAAUUUCAUAAGACUAUAUAGGUAAAUACGUUACUUUUUAUCAGAUAAUUUAUUUUGUUAAAUGUUUUACGUGCCCAUAAAAUACAUAAUCAAACAUUACUGAAAACUUAUUUUGAACAAAUAUUAAAUUAAGACUCAAAAAUAAAUGUGGUAUUUAUUGUAAUUUACUUCCAGUUCAAUGAUACAAUCACAUGUUUUACGUUCAUUUUCAUCAACAUGCUGUUAACUAGGAAAACUUUAGACAACAUUUUUCAUCUAGGUAUUAGUACCGUAUAAUAUCUUGUAAAUAACUCGUCUCUGAUAACCCCAACUUCGACACUUUGCCUUAUACGAUAAAUAAAUUUCUAACGUUACUCUAGUGGUUAAGCGCAUCUAGGUACUAUUCUUCCAAGGUUGUGCUUUAGUGAAUUUUCCCUAAUACAUUAUAUACCUCCAAAUCGGUCUUACGACAUUUUCUAAUCUAUCUACUCAAUUGUAAGAGCUUGGUCCCAUCCCAUCAAAUAAUAUGCCCAAGCUGUAAAUAUGUAGAAAUCCAUGCAUGUUCAGUAUAAAACUUUUAUCAAAAUUGUCUACCUACGCACAACUACUCUCGUGAUAACAUAUUAGAUACCAUUAAGCAAUUCCAAUCGAAUAAAUCCCAAUUGAUAAAGAAAAAUACGGUUUACUGUCUGUACUGUGCGACCUAACUGCAUUUAAAUUAUCAAUAACUUUGUUACCUAGUUAAAGAUAAAAAGACUUGUAGAGAAAAAAGUGAGAGAAUAAUUAAAAAAGCAUUGCUAUGGUGCACAAUUCGUAGCAUGAGAACUUGAUAUCAAAUGGAGAUCUAGCUAAAUUUAUUCACUUAUAAAAUCACAGAUCAGAUUAAAGAAACCUUACUUCUGAAACUUAGAAAUUUUAGAUCAGAUUAAAUAUUUAUGAAAUAAUUAACUAUCGUUCAAAGUGCAUAUCUAAGAAUGUAAAUUUAUAAUGUAAAAUGUCUUGUCAAAAUCUGUGUUCUUCCAGUGCUGUACUAGCUUAGUGGCUCGCUGACAAUAUAUCGAAUACUGCGAGUACUCCUAAAGUAAAGCAUCUCUAGCUUAGCGUGCCCUAUUCUAGACUUCUCUAGUCCACGUUUUGCCUACACAAAUUAGAUACUAUUUAUUACACAUUACUGUAGUUAUUGAUUUAUCACGGUUGUACAUUUUCUAAGAGAGAGAAAUAUUGAAUAGCUAAAACGAUCCUUUACUAGAUUAGAUAUAAUUAAAAUAAUAUUUCUAAAGAUAUAUCUAUACCUAACAAAAAGCCUGAAUCCAGAGGCCAGAUUUGUCAUACGUUGAAUUUCUCAUAACGACAUUAUCAAAGUACAUUAUAAUGUGCAAUGCACCUACAUGACGGGUCGAUGCGUAGCAAAUUGCUGAAAUCCACGAAAGAUGAGAUUCGGAUCUGAUUUGAUUUUUUUUUAAUACCACGUCUGUGGCAAACACGCAUACGGCCCGCCUGAUGGUAAGCAGUCACCGUAGCCUAUGAACGCCUGCAACUCCAGAUGUGUUAUAUUCGCGUUGCCGACCCUGAGAUUUUGAGGACUUAGGAAAUGUUUAUAUGCGACAACACAUUGUAUAGGUAUGUAUCAAAAUUAAAAUUGAACAAGUUAUAAUUCUCUGUUCUUUGUCAAACUACUUAAUAAUUAGGUAGCUUUUCAUUCCAAUUCAUUCAAUAUGAACCUUUUUAUUAUAAGUUCAUGCGUUUUGUAGAUACAUCUAUUGCUCCUCUAAUUAUACAGUACUAAAACGCGCUGUGGUUGAAAUAUAACAUAUACAUAUUGAUUGUUUGUUAAUAUUUUAUUAUGUCUAGAUAAUAAAUUAUAUAUUUACUUAAAAAUAAUAUUAAAUCGUAUCCGAUACAGUCGGCUACGAACAAACCACUUACGCUUACUAUCUUGAUAUUUUAGUAUAACAAAAAAAUAUUUGAUAUAAGAAAGAGUUGUAAAAAGACAUAUUAUCUAACAUUGUGCCUCGAAACGCCCCGAUACCGAAGAAUGCCGUUUGUUUUUAUCAUCCUGGCCCGUACACAGUACCAAUGUAUAAUUUCCUUUCGCCCUAGUGAUAUGCACGUGGUCCACUACCUUUAAUGUCUGUAUCGCUCUUCAAUGUGAUAUGGUAUCGGAUAUCAUGCUGAUCACUUGUCUGUAUUUAGGUGUACGAACUUUCUUACUUCAUGUGUCGUAUUGUUUCUUCCUAGAUGCAAAUUGGUCAUUUCUACAGCCGCUAUCUUGAUGAAAACUAAACAAACUGAAAAUAUUAUACAUAAAUGUUUCGAGUCGAUUAACGGGCAUCUUUUUAAAUAAUGGAACAAAUUUUGAUAUGUUGAAAUACUUGUAUAUUAGUCGGGUAAAUAAUGCAUUAACACAUGUUCAUAGAACGGUUACUUGUUACUACAUAUCGUGUUCAGUGUUGAUCAAGGAAGCGGAAUAGAAAUUCUACAAAUUACUAGUACCUACUACUACGUAACAAAUAUGUGUGUCAAAGUAUAUUAUAUUAAAUAAAUGUGAUAACAAAUGAGUUUAUUAUAGCGAUAUAAAUAUGA